CCAGCCCAAAACGAGUCGCAAUAGUAGUCAUUUUGUUCGAGAAAUUUCUCUCCAUCACUGAUUCAAUAUAAAAUUAACUCUCCUUUGCCGCCUUUCCAACUCGCUCAAAUAUUCAGGCGAAUCUCGCUCCAAUCUGCUUAUAAAUACAUUAUCACCUUAAACUGCAUUCAUUCUUCAUUGCUGGAGGUCACUUGAUUGAGUGGAAGGUUCCCGGUUCAAUUCGUACAUCUGUUAUGGGGUUGGAAAAUUCCUUAGGCACAUUAAGAGCUACUUGAAGAGUCAUGGCCAAGCAUCAUCCUGAUCUAAUUAUGUGCAGGAAGCAGCCUGGAAUAGCAAUUGGGCGGCUUUGUGAGAAAUGUGAUGGAAAAUGUGUGAUCUGUGAUUCCUAUGUGCGCCCUUGCACCCUUGUCCGGGUAUGCGAUGAGUGCAAUUAUGGAUCAUUUCAAGGUCGGUGUGUCAUCUGUGGAGGGGUCGGGGUAUCAGAUGCAUACUAUUGCAAUGAGUGCACACAGCAAGAGAAGGAUCGUGAUGGCUGUCCCAAGAUAAUCAACCUGGGAAGUGCUAAAACAGAUCUGUUCUACGAACGCAAGAAAUAUGGUUUCAAGAAACGGUGAUCUAUGCUGAGUUUAUGUUUAGGAAACAUAUAUAUUCCCUGGUCUGAUCUGAGGUGAGACUGUGUAUGAGAUCGUCAUCUGAGAUAUCAGUAGUAUUCUCUUAAUUGCGCACA